GUUAUUAGAAUUUGCUGAAGGAGUUCUGUUUGAAGCAAUGGACGAAAUGGGUAUCAUUUUGCCUGAUAAGGAUGUUGGAGAGUUGGAUUGCAAGCCCGUAAUUGGCCACUAUACUGGUGCUGGAGAUGAACUGGAUGUUGAAGAUCUUUAUACCAAAUACAAGAAAUUACAAAGAAUGUUGGAAUUUCUUGAAGUCCAAGAAGAAUAUAUUAAGGAUGAGCAACGUAACUUGAAGAAGGAAUACUUACAUGCUCAAGAAGAAGUAAAGCGCAUACAAAGUGUCCCUUUAGUGAUUGGACAAUUUUUAGAAGCUGUAGACCAAAAUACUGGUAUUGUAGGUUCUACUACAGGCUCUAAUUAUUAUGUACGGAUCUUAUCCACUAUUGACAGAGAGCUGUUAAAGCCUUCUGCCAGUGUGGCACUUCAUAAACACAGCAAUGCUUUGGUAGAUGUUCUGCCACCAGAAGCAGAUUCAAGUAUCUCAAUGCUGCAAGCAGAUGAGAAACCUGAUAUCCAGUACAGUGAUAUUGGAGGUAUGGAUAUGCAGAAACAAGAGAUUAGAGAAGCUGUAGAACUACCUUUAACUCAUUUUGAGCUAUAUAAGCAGAUUGGUAUUGACCCACCAAGGGGUGUGUUAAUGUAUGGACCCCCUGGAUGUGGUAAAACUAUGCUUGCAAAAGCUGUAGCUAGACAUACUACAGCUGCUUUUAUUCGCGUAGUAGGAUCAGAAUUUGUACAGAAAUAUUUGGGUGAAGGGCCAAGAAUGGUCCGAGAUGUCUUCCGUUUAGCUAAGGAGAAUUCACCAGCUAUAAUUUUUGUUGAUGAGAUCGAUGCUAUAGCUACGAAAAGAUUCGAUGCUCAGACAGGAGCUGAUCGUGAAGUACAACGUAUUCUGUUGGAAUUACUGAACCAAAUGGAUGGUUUUGAUCAGACUACUAAUGUUAAAGUCAUUAUGGCUACAAAUAGAGCGGAUACAUUGGACCCUGCAUUAUUGCGUCCUGGUAGAUUAGAUCGAAAGAUUGAAUUUCCUUUGCCUGAUCGUCGGCAAAAACGUUUAAUAUUUUCAACAAUCACCGCGAAAAUGAAUUUAAGCGAAGAGGUGGACCUCGAAGAUUACGUAGCACGACCAGAUAGAAUCUCUGGUGCUGAUAUUAUUAAGAAGGAUGAAUCUGAACACGAAUUCUACAAAUAA